UCGCUUUUGUGGAUUCGCGUCACUGAUUCACUUUGUCACCACGCUCAUCAAAGCUUCCAAAGCUGCGUCGCUACCAAUCAGAUUCUUUCUCUUCAAAGCAACUAUUUUAGCCAUUCACAAUUCCUCGACAAAAACUCCGACAUUGCUAGAAUAUGAAUUUCUCGACGAAUCCUAAUUCUAGGGUUUCAGUAUCGACUCAAUUUCUGUUCUAAAAUUUCAAUUUCUGCACUGAAACAUCAAUGAUUUAGGGCGUUUUAACAAUCAAUAAUUUCGAAGCCAUGGUUGACACAGAACAGAAGAUGCGGAAGAAAGCUACAAUCACCGAAGAAGACGUUUGCACUCUCUUACAGAGAUAUUCAGCGACGACAGUAUUAGCAGUACUUAAAGAAAUGGCACAAUUCGUAGGUGCCAAGAUUGACUGGCAAGCAUUAGUGAAGAAGACGGAGACAGGGAUAAAGAGUGCAAGGGAAUUUCAAAUGUUGUGGCGUCACUUGGCGUAUCGACAACCGUUGAUUGAGAACAUUGGUCCGGAAGAUCAACCUUUGGAUGAUGAUAGUGACUUGGAAUAUGAAGUGGAAGCUUGUCCCUCUGUCAGCCCUGCAGAUGCUAUGGAGGCUUGUAAUUGUGUACAGGCUCUUGUCGCUGGACCAGCCAACAAGUCACGCAUGCCCAACAGCUCAAGUAUUGAGGUGCCGAAGGUUUCUUCAGGAAAUCCGCAAGCUCAGAAACGGUCACAAGUUGCAGGGACCUUUGAUCGAUUGGAUACAAAUGGAUCAACAAGCAACAAUCAGAAGAAAAGAAAAUCAUGUUUGGAGGGAGAAGAUCAAGAACCGAUUGCUACUGUCAGGAAAGCAGAACUGAAGGGAGAGAGAAAUACUACACAGCGCGCUCAGAGGGCAAAUACUAUUAGGAAAAAACAGGGGAGCUCCAAUAUUGGCGCAGCCAACACAGCUGGCUCACAACUCUCUGAGGCACAGCUGGCAACUCGUUAUGCACUUGGCAUGGCUCUCAAGGAUGGCCCACCAACAGUAGUAGGUAAUGGACAAGCUGAUCCGAAUAAUGCAGUUAAAACAAGUGCAUCAAAAAGGAACUUGCCAAUCAUUAAAGCUACUAUGCCACCAUCCCAACCGCAAUCCUGCCCAGUCUCCACUGCGGCACCAUCUGUGAAAAAUGCACCAAUGGGCUCUUCGUCGAAGAUUUGUUCUCAACGAAAGGCUCCACCACAAAUCAAUGUCAGUGCAGAUUCUAUUCAAGCUGCUGCAGUAGCUGCAGGGGGCCGAAUUGCUAGUCCUUCAGAUGUUGCAUCUCUACAUAAGGUGUUUAAGGCUGCUAAGUCAAAGGAUGCUUCGCAUAUGAGAGGAGGAGCUCCUUUAGUCAAGACUUCUGCUGCAGGAAGUUCUAGUGCUUUGCCUCCCAAUGUUCACCUUAUAUGCACUGGGCUAAAUACCAAACCUACUUCAGUGGCUGCUGGAACUGCGUCUCAUGCUGCAGGAGGUCAACAAGCUAAGGGUUCUGCAGUAGGACCCUAUGUUUUGCCAGCCUCUCAGCUUCCAAAGGUGAGAGCCACAUCUGCUGUAGCAAUUGAGCGAACUAGUGUUCAACAGAUGGAAAACAGAACUCAAACAGCAGUAAACGUUCAAGGCUCAGAUGUCAAAUCAAUAAUUGAAAUCUCAGAAGAUGAUGCAUCUUCUGCGGGAGCACCAUUUGGUAAGUGCCAGGCAACGUCUCCUGGUGCAGAUGUUGGUAUUAGUAAACUGACAAAGAAUGUUGGCGAUUCUCAAUGUACGAUGAACGGGGAUGUAGCUGAGAAUGAAGGUAGUAAAGAUGACACUUGCAAACAGGUCGUAGAAAAUUUAGUUCCAAAUAAAGGUAAUAAGCCAACUUGUUUUCAGAGAAAAAGUAUUCCAUGCGUGAAGGAAACACAUGAGGCUUCAGCAACUGCGGUGGUGGUGAAGGAAGCUGGAAAGAUGGCGAUUCCAAGUGAAGGAUUGGCUGGAGCUGAAAUAUCUGGCCAAAUGAAGUUGUAGAUAUAGUGCUGUGUUGAGCUUAAAAUUAUGUAAAUUCCCUCAGAUUUUCCCUGCUUACCUUUGAUGUCUAUCUUUAGUUACCGUAGUUUAAGUUUUGUUAGGCAUAGGCUGGUUGUCCCUGCUCUCUCUUGAUUAUCCCCCCUGUAAAGGACCAUUCUAAUUCAUAUUUACAUUGAUAGUCUAAGAAGAUUAAAUUGAAAACAUCGAAUAUUAGGGUAAGGGGAGCAUGGAUGAUCAUGGUUAGCUAUGAAAUUAGUUGCGUUAUUUGCC